GUCAUACUCUCAAUAGUUAUCAUUAUUAUACUUUAAUCAAAUCCUAAUCAAUGUAUCAAUCGAAUAUCAUAAUAUUCAUAUCAUCACCAAAAGCAUAAUAUAAUCGACAAUCAUCUUUGUCCACUAAACCCAGAAAAAACCAACCAUUAAUUUCUUCAACUAUUUCAACUUCAUUUAUAAAUUAAGUCAUAUUCUUCAACCAAAAAAACAGUUACACACCAAACAUGUCUUGACUUCAUUGUUUCUUUAUCUGUCUCAAACAAGUACAACCCUUUAACAUCAAUGGCUGAAUCCACCAAACAUGUUCCUAACUUAAACAUCAAAAGCCUCUUUUCAAUUCUCAAAACCAGAAGAGCAACCACUUUUGCUUAUGCUUUUAUGUUUGCUUUUGUUUCUUUAACUGUUUUCUUAGCCUUUUUUCCUUCUUCAAAUGCUUCAUCUCCUUGGUUCAAUAACAUAUUCACCACAAAAACUUCCAUUUCUGAUUCUUAUAAAUCUCAACUUUCUAACAUUUUCUCAUUCUUUUACCAUAACACAACCACUUCUUCAUCUUCUACUUUUAGCAACACUUCUUCAUCUUCUUCACCUUUUAGCAACACUUCUAGAUCUAGCAAUAACAACACUUCUCAAUCUUCUAACACAAAUACAAAAACAUUCAAAGCAACCACUUUUGGAAACAAAACUCAAAACCCAUCUCAAGAUUCUGUUCCAACCACCAAUCAAACCUCUCAUCAAGUUUCUGAUGAAACUAAACAUCAGAAGAAAACAAAUCAAACUGCAAAUAAGGAUGUUGUGUUAAGUAAUAAUCAAACUGCUUUGAAGGUGAAGGAUGAGAUUCAUAUGAUGGAAUCUUUGAUGAAGUGUGAUUUUUUUUAUGGAAAAUGGAUUAAGGAUGAAUCUUAUCCUCUUUAUGAACCUGGUUCUUGCAAUUUGAUUGAUGAACAGUUUAAUUGUAUUAACAAUGGAAGACCUGAUAAAGAUUAUCAGAAAUAUAAGUGGCAACCUAAAAGGUGUACCCUCCCAAGGUUGGAUGGAAAAAGAAUGCUUGAUUUGCUGAGAGGAAAGAGACUUGUUUUUGUUGGUGAUUCCAUCAAUAGGAAUAUGUGGGAAUCUCUUAUUUGCAUCCUCAGAAACUCUGUGAAAGAUAAAAGUAAUGUUUUUGAAGCAAAUGGAAGAAGCCAUUUUAAAGGAGAAUCCUCUUAUUCAUUUGUAUUCAAAGAUUACAACUUCUCGGUCGAGCUUUUUGUAUCACCGUUCUUAGUUCAGGAGUGGGAAACUCUAGUUAAGAAUGGAACGAAGAAGGAAACACUUCGGCUUGAUUUGGUGGGUAGAUCGUCGAAUCAAUACAAAGAUGCAGAUAUAAUCAUCUUCAAUACCGGUCAUUGGUGGACUCAUGAUAAAACUUCUAAAGGGAAGGACUAUUACCAAGAAGGUAGUCAUAUCUAUAAUGAAUUGAAUGUUUUGGAGGCAUUUCGAAAAGCUAUAACAACUUGGAGCAGAUGGGUUGAUGCUAACAUAAAUACAUCCAAGUCUAUGGUCUUCUUCAGAGGCUAUUCUUCUUCACAUUUUAGUGGAGGGCAAUGGAAUUCAGGUGGACAAUGUGACAGCGAAGUCAUCCCGAUCAAGAACGAAAAAUACUUGAGGCAAUACCCUCCUAAGAUGAGAGUUUUGGAAAAGGUACUGAGGAAUAUGAAGACACGUGUCACUUACUUAAACGUCACGAAAAUGACAGAUUUCCGUAAAGAUGGUCAUCCUUCUAUCUACAGAAAGCAAAACCUAUCAUCAGACGAAAGGAAAUCGCCGUUGAUGUACCAAGACUGCAGCCAUUGGUGUUUGCCUGGUGUUCCUGAUACAUGGAAUGCAAUUCUCUAUGCAGAGCUUCUAAUAAAACAAUAUCAAAAUCAGCAUUGAAAAAAAAGACCAUAGGUAAAUUACCAAAUUCAAGGCCACAUUUACCAUUUUUUGUCCCUUCCAUAUUUAGGACAGGGGAAUAAACAAACCAUACAGAAAAAGAAAGAAAAAAAAAUGACUCUUUUUUCCAAAUUUUGUAAAGGUUCAAAAAGUGUGUUAUUCAUACAAGAUAUAGGGGCAGUUUUUUUCCUUCAAACUGAUCAAUCAAUUUGUUAAUAUGGUUCAUGUUGGUUUGGAGAAGAUAGAAUGCAAAGGGUGGUUUAGAUUAUCGUAAACCACCCACUUAUAGUAAUUUUUUUGUUUAUGCUUUCACCACCAGUAUCCAGUCCAUCAGACCAUCUAAUCUGGUUCAGGGGUCAGUUCUACUAUCAAGUGGUUUCAGCCCCUCCCGAUCGCAGUUUAUUGAAACAAUUUAUUGUAAACCACUUAUAGUAGUUUUUGUUUAAUGUAAACUAAUUUAUUGAAACAAACUGAUUAUGUAGCCAUCUUAAAUAUACAUAGUGAAGUGAAGGUUACAUUGAAUUUUUUUCAA